UCGCGCAAAUUUCUGUACACAACACAACGUGUUGAAAACAGAAGAUGUUGAGAGAUGUCGUGAGUGCUCUUGCAUCCCAAAUUGGUGCCAGUGUUCAAGCUAUUAGUUUUCUACUGUCAUUGUUUAUAGGGUACCCUUUGGGAUUCCUCCAUCGUGCCUUCAUUCAUGGAAAACAUGAAAAUAUUCACCAUUUGUACUUCACUCUAACAGGAAUUGCUGUUUAUUAUUUUAACUUUGGAUUACAUUUUAUUCAUCCCCUCAUCAAUAUAAUUGUGAUCUAUGUUCUGCUUAGAGUAGCUGGUGGAUCCAAGAUUUCAGUGGCCUUUGCUUUUAUCUUUAAUUCAUUAUAUCUGAUGUAUGGAUAUUUACAAAUAGACCAGGAGGGCUACGCGAUAACAUGGAGCACCCCACACUGUGUAUUAACACUGAGGCUGACUGCCCUCGUAAUAGACUAUUACGACGGAAAGAAAUCACAGGACAAGUUAUCUAAGGAUCAGAAGGAGAACUAUAUCUCAGACAUUCCUUCCCUGCUGGCCAUGUGUGGCCAUUCCUUCUUCAUCGGUGGAAUGUUAGCGGGGCCGCAGUUUGGGAUGAGGAAAUAUUUGGCCUUCACAGAGGAGAAUUCAGUGCCCUGAUGGCUAAAGAUGCCUCUAAAGAAAUGCAAAACCAUCCUCCUGCCAG